UCUGCUCGUGGAGGACAGUACUCCGUCGAACGACUUCUUGCGCUGGAAGAGUACACCCGACAGACGCCACUUAGUCGAGUUCUGUUCGUGGUUGUUGGGACCUUUCUCCCAGUAGAAAUCUUCGUCUUGUGCCAGGAAGCCGUGCCCCUCCAGGACCCCGCACUCGGGUGGCGAGCCAACUACGGCUUCUGGGUUCGGGCCGCCAUUGUGUUUGCGUCUGUGCUGUAUGUCGUCACGGUCCAGGCAAAAUAUUUUCUCAAGAACUUUGUGAUAUCUCGGUGUCAGCUGCUGCUGCUCAUCACGAGCGUGGUCAUUCUACAGAUAAGCUUAGGGGUUGAUGUGGCUUGUGCUGCAAAUGGCUGGUUCCCCAUCCCGUUCGCUGCUAUCGUUAUGGCCCCAGCUUCCUAUGUGAUUUCCAUCGCAUCGUUUUGUGCUGUAGUGGGGAUGCCCGCGGCCCGCGAGAUACUAAAGGACAGGGAUCGUCUAGUGCGAUUCGGCAGCUUCGUAGCCACUCAGCAGUCCUCGAUGCUCAUCUACCCAGCCUAUCAAGCCUUGUUUCACGCCACAGUCAAUACAAACUGUAAGCUGUUGGUGACUCUUUUGCUGCCAGUCAUCAAGAGGGUCGUGAAGAAUAUCGCGUUGCGCUGCGUGACUCACAUGGAGGAUAUGAUGCCGGAGAUCGUCAUCUUUACCGUCGAUUUCCUUAACGCGCUGUACUUGGCCACGAGCAUGGAAACCGCAAGGUCCUUUUCUACUGUGGGUCUCAUCAUCUUGAUUGACGUCAUGCAGUCAACCAUGGUGCUUCUUAGUCUGCACCGGCGAACAGUGCACAUUUCGAGGGACCUC